AUGUUAUGGUUAAUCAUCCUGGCUCAGUUAUUUCGGAAGCUCAUAUACCAACGCUAUUUGGAGAAGCAUAUGUUAAAUAUGCAAAAUGCAAUUGGUGGUUUCAAAUCUUGUGGAAUAGAACCUUUUAAUUCACAAAUAUUUCAAUAUCAGGAUUUUGCUGCAUCUGCCACUAUUGAUGGACCAUUAGUAAUUGAAAAUAACAUAAAUAACGAUUCAAGCCUUACACCAAACACAAUAGAUUAUGCUACCAUCUGCCAACCUGGUCCAAGUACUACUGACGGAUUAGAAGUAAUUUUGCCUCCUACAAUAAGUUAA